CCGUAAUGACCGGUAUCCAAAAUUUCCGUAGUAAACUAAAACAGAUUGAACCGCGGAAGGAAAUAGCCCAACUAGUGAGGCUGAACGCAGGCAAUCUGAUUGAUGGACUGAGGCUAAUGCACAAAGAUAUGAAGCUAUCUAAGAUCGAGUUUCCAGAGAAAUACGAUCACAUCCUACGAGAGGUUGAAAACCUUCGCCGCAAACUGCCGAUCGAAACGGAACUUCUUCUGCCCUACAAACGCAAACGGUUCCGGGACGAGAAGCUCCAGUGGAUCACGGCCAUCCUGGCGAACAAGGCCAGAAUUCGCCACCUGGAAAAGCGUAUGCAGUCGAUGCAGGCUGCGCUGGAUGAGGCGAAGCUGGAGAACUUUGCGUUGAACGAUCGAAGCCGACGGGAAAUACAGGAGAUCAUCGACGACUCGGAGAUGGAGCUUUCCGAUGUGAAGCACGCUGCGGACAGCGAGUUUGCGCACCUUCAGGAAGAAUCGUCAAGAAAAGUCCUGGAUCUGGACAUGAACAACGAGUAUCGUGACUUGGUGAACGAGCACAAUAGUAAACGUCGGAAGAUUACAAAACUGACCGUGCAGUUGCAGCUGUGGAUAAAGAAGUACGACAAGUUUGUAGGAGAGCCAAUGAAGGAGAUGAAGACACUGGAGGACGAUGUCGAUAGGUUCAUGGAAUGGAAGGAGACUGUCUAUGAGCCUCAGGUGGAGAAAUACCGCCAGCUGAAGGUUAGCGUGGAGCUGUUCGAGUCCGCGUUGAUGGAAGAGCAGGCGAAACAGUUUAGCAAGGAGCAUGCGGCACGCGUUAUACAGAGGGCAUGGAGGCAGCUCGAGAGCUAA